CGACAAAAAAACCUAUUGUCUGUUACUUUAAAACCAAGUUAGUACGCUACUAAUGCUAAGCUAACUUUGGUUCUUAUGCUUAUACUUAAUCAGAAACCAGUGUUUUAUACCGUGGUGUUUUUAAAGUGAAAAUGGAAGGCGUCGGCGUAGUACUUUAUCAACUGGAAGUUAAAGCCUGCUAGCCAGAAAGUCAUCUUUUUCUGAGCUGUCGGCCUUCAGAGGUCGGGGGGGUAACGUUAGCUAAACUUGGCUGUGUUUAGCCUUUAGCUGGCUAAAGGCUAACUGUUAGCCACAGCCGGCAGAUGCUUCUUUACGCAUCUAACAAUGCUGAUGUGCUCCUGUGAAAAAGUGGAUUUUAACAUUACUCCCCGCACCGUCGCUCGGCUUGUUUUCGAGGCCGAGCAAGAUAAUAGGAACGGAGGAAACUCGUCCAAUGGGAGGUAGCUUCUUCCAGACACAGAUCUGUCUUUUUCUGAGACUUCAACUCUUGCUAAGAUGAGCCUGAUUAUGCAAAUGCCAGCUUGAAGUCUGCCAAAGGGAGGAGAGCGGAGGAGUACUGAAGAAAGAGGGUGACACCGGGCAGUGCAAGAGGUUUUGAGGAGGAAGGGGUGAUGCUCAUAAGCAUAACACAGAAUAGGGAUGAUCGAGCAUUUAGGAUGGAUUCCCUAAUGAACACAGUUGCCUGUAAUACGUGACAGAUUUUCUUCCAGCUUCCUGUUGCAUCCUUUUUGACUCUAAAGGAAGACCUACAACUCUGCUGACUCGUGAACCUUUCUUCAGUUUUGGGAAUUUUACUUGACACUUCUUCACAAGAAAUAUGGCUAAUGCUGAAGCAUCUUUACUUAUGCUUCGUGAUACUUAAUAUGGCAGUGUUGAUUUUCCAAGAGGGAGUGUUUGAUGUGUUUACCCAUCCUGUUUCAAUAUAUAUUAAACACAAGCAUGACUGCGCCAUCUCAGUCUUCAUGGGCCAGUCUCAACUUUAGCAACACAACAAGCCCUUGCUGGUGCCUUUGACUUGACUGAAAGAGAAAAUUAAGCCCCGGAAAGCUCUGAAGAUGACUAUGUCCUCUCCCGUGGGACCCGAAGGCAUCACUGUGGCUCAGCCCAUCCCUGUCCCAACGCUGACUAUCCUGCCACCAUCCUCAGAUACAGAGUCCUGGUCUCGCUCACCUAGCCCCAGACCGUCACGCUCUAGCCGUCACAGUCGAUGCCAUCGCAGCAGGACCCGAACCAAGAAGCGAAAUGAGGAAGAGCAAGGUUGCGCCCACAAGCGACAGUGGGGCAAAACACCGCAAAUAGUAGUCGAGGAGACUGCGGAGAGGGGCACUAUUCAACAUCGAAGCCCCUCCCCCUCCCCCUCAGUGGCCAGUCAGAUGGAGGGUGAAGAGCAAGGUCAGGACAGCCCUUCACAGGACCUCCUUCUGCCACCGUCUCGCUCCUGGUCUCGUAGUCCCUCUCCUAGCCGGCGCUCCCGGUGGUCCCUCAGGAGCCUGCUCAGCAGAGACUCUGACUGGGAGAGCUGCAGUACGGCCAGUAACUCUCCACGCAGCACCCCAGGCAGCUCUCCCUCCUUGCGGCGCAGGGUCCUUGGGGGUGGCAGGGCCAGUGAGAGCGAGGGAGGAGGAGAGAAGAGCAGUGGAGGAGGAGGAGGAGGAGGAGGUGGUGGAGGUGGUGGUGGUGGAGGUGGUGGAGGAGGUUCAGAUAGCCCCCUGCCCUCCAUACCGUCUGCCUCCUCCCUCUCAUCCGCCUACCCACUUGCUUCUCGCCACUUCAGCCGCAAUGCCAAGAAAAUGCAGAGCUGGUACAAUGUUCUCAGUCCUACAUACAAACAGCGCAACGAGGAUUUUCGCAAACUCUUUAAGAAACUUCCUGAUACAGAGCGACUUAUAGUGGACUACUCUUGCGCUCUGCAGAAGGACAUACUGCUUCAGGGCCGCCUUUAUCUGUCAGAGAAUUGGCUCUGUUUCUACAGUAACAUCUUCCGCUGGGAAACCACUAUCACUAUCCUGCUGAAAGACGUGACCUCUAUGACCAAGGAGAAGACUGCCAAGCUCAUCCCAAACGCCAUCCAGAUCAGCACUGACAAUGAGAAGCACUUCUUCACAUCUUUCGGAGCAAGGGAUCGCAGCUUCAUGAUGAUUUUCCGUCUGUGGCAGAACGCGCUGCUGGACAAGUCUCUCUCCCCGAAAGAGCUCUGGCACAUUGUACACCAGUGUUAUGGCACUGAACUGGGCCUCACUAGUGAAGAUGACGACUACGUCUCCCCCACCGCCGAACACAUGAACGGCCUACUGCCAGGAGACGAGUCAGUGUCGGUUACAGAUCUUCUAGACCUGAGCUCAGUGUCGGUUCCUUCUACCGGCAGCUCUCCCCCACCCCUGGUGCCCUGUGGUUUAUCCAGCUCUCCCUCCGUUACCAACCUCGGGGGCUCCUCUCCUCCUUCCUCUGCCUCCUGUCUGCCAAUAGAGGUGCCUUCGUCAUCUGGACGCAGACUAAGCUCAGAUCCCCUUGAACCCAGCCCACCCAGCUCCCACAGCUCGCUACCAUCCAUGACUCCCACCAACGCCUCUGCCUCCGCUCCGGCCUCUGCUGCCGCCUCCUUUAAUCUGGAAGAGGGUGGGGACAGCCUGUCCGAGCUGGCCAAUCACAUGCUGCCCCCGCCAACCACCAGUCUGGGAAACCUCUCCUCAUUGGACAUCACCAACGAUGAGGAACUGCCCACAGACCCCAGCAACUCCUCUGACACGCAAGAAGAGAGUGAGGUGGAGUCGUUCUGUGCCGACCUGAGCGGGCGGCUGCACAUCAACACUGCGGUCCGCAUGAGCGUAGACAAGCUGCACGACCUGCUCUUCUCUGCCGACACGCACUUCAUCCAGCACCUCUUCUCCCAACGGCACUUUACUGACCUAUCGGUGGGGGAAUGGCAGCAGGACAGCAGCAGUGGGAAUACCAGCCGUGUGCUUAGCUACACCAUCGCUCUCAACAACCCCCUCGGCCCCAAGACUGCCCCUGUGGUGGAGACGCAGACGUUGCACAAGAGCAGCGCCCGGGGCGAGUGCUUCGUGGUGGACUCGGAGGUAAUCACCUCAGGCAUCCCCUACCAGGACUACUUCUACACUGUCCACAGAUACUGCCUCACCUCCAUCAACAAGCACAAGAGUCGGCUCAGAGUUUCCUCAGACAUCUGCUACAGGAAGCAGCCGUGGAGCCUGGUGAAAGCAUUGAUUGAAAAGAACACCUGGAGCGGCAUAGAGGAGUACUACAGACACAUGGAGAGCGAGGUGUCCAAGCUGGAGACGUUAUUGCAGACUGAGGUUACAGUGGUAACCACAGGGGAGGCAGUGGGCGCAGACGCUGCCAAGACUCCGCCGGCCCUGCGCCGCCGCAAACGUACCUGCUCUCGACGGCAGGGCGAGAAGGAGCGAGAGAGGGAGGGAGGAGGCAUGGGCUCCGGAGACCGAGGGGACAGAGGAGUCGGAGAGGAGAGGGACAGGAGAGAUGCCAGUGCACAGUACAUAAAGCUGGGAGAUCGUUCUCGUGGUGGAGGACCCAACAGUAUAUCCACCAUCCUCCUCAUCGUCAGCUUCAUUCUUGUGGUGCUGGUGGCUCUCAACAUGCUGCUCUUCUACAAGCUGUACGCUCUGGAAAGAGCGGCCCAUACACUGGAGACAUGGCACUCCUAUUCUGUUGCUGACAGUCCGCUGCCUCAGACGGCUGGAGAGUGGGCUCAGGUGUUGCAGCUUCAGAGGCAGUUUCAUCAGGCUCAGCUCAGCAAGUGGCAGCAGAUCCUGCAGUCCUCAGUCACGCUUCUUGACCAGAUGAAGCAGUCUUUAGAAAAGCUCCACCGGGGCAUUGUGGUCCCAGAGGUGCAGCAGGAUCCCCCUGAUGACACCCUCACAGAGUCCCUGACUGAGGCCUGAGCCACGUCUCAUCUGGUCCACAACACCCCCCGACUGUCUCCCAUCCUCGAGCACACCCUGGUGGACUGGUAGAGUAGAAAAGAGAGGGGCCGGGGCCGGGGCUGCUCUUUCCCGUCAUUUCCAAACUGAAAAACCACAAGUGGGAUGUGCCGGGGCAGGGGGGGGACUACAUUACCCACAACUCUCCUCACCUGACUGACUUGAAAUGGCGUUGUUCGCCUCCAGCCUCAACCAGUAACAACUUCAGUGAACUCAUUCAGACUGGAAGCUAUCAGGACCACAGCAAUAAUCUACCUACAGCUGCAAGUCACCUGUAUGUAAUGAAUAGAAACAGGCCACUGGUGGGCCGAUUCAAACCAUCCACUCCUCAAGAAUCAUAGACGUCACGUUGAAAAACUCCACAUAAAUUUAGACCUUGUUAAGUUUCAGAGCCCCCACACUUUAUGACUAUCAAACACAGUUCCUCUUCCGACGUGAAACAUUUCAUAGUGAUUUUGGAAAGUGGGAGCUCGUCCUCCUCGUCCUGGGAACAGUUAGAUAGCUUUGCCUCUGUAGUGAACGCCUGCUGAAACAAAAAACAAACGGGGGGGACGCCACCUGCUGUGUGGAUGUGACGAACAAACAGCCAGAAGGAGAGGGGAGAGGGAGCAGGACGCCUCUCUCGCUCCGUCUGUCAGGGAUCUGUUCAUCCAUGUCCGAGUUGUUGAGCCCCUGCGUCAAAGGCUGUCAAACAUUUCAACACUUUCACCUGUAUUUUUGAAUUACACAUCCGAAGAUGAAUCUCAAACACAAUCCCACUCCUCCCGGUCCUUUCGGGGGUUUUAUCUUUUCUCCAAAUCAGUGCGUUGUUCGGGCAGCAGCUGCGUCCGACUGGACUGUUACAGUAUUUAUUAUUACCAAUGACUUUUGACCUGAAGUCCUGUCCUGCUCUUAUGAAGUCAUUUGGUGGGUAUUUUGUGCUCUGAUUUGCUGUUGCAGUGCGGACCAAGAGGAGCCACACGAGAAUGAUUACUGGUCACAGCAAUAAUGACAAUAGUGAUGCUAGUACUUUUUGAAUGUUUCAAACAAAGUAGUAUAUAAUAUUAAUAAUGAUGUGUGAAUGUGUGUAGAGGCAGCAAAAAAAAAACAAGCAAAGAAGAUUUUGACUUGACAGAUGUGUGCGUGCGUGUUGCUGAGGAGUCCUCGAUGUUUCAGAUGUUACCUUUUCAUAUUAGUGAGUUUUGUUUUUUGGAGAUUUCUCUUUCACGUUCGGUUGCUCACUCCUUGUAUCACAGAGCCAGACAUAAACAGUUCAGGAUUUACCUUAGACUUGAUCAGGUGGAAACCUUAAAUACCGGAACAGUCUGCUACUUUGUUGUCCAACUGGGCCAGACAUUUCAAAACAAAAGGACCAACCAGAAUUAGUAGGCCCAGGUGAAGAAAAAGGGAA